ACAAACACCCGCAGAAAUAGGGCUUGGUUCUGCCAGUCUUCAUCCCCAUAACAGCUUAGGCUGCCAUUGGAGAGCCCGCUGGCGAGAGCGAGAAGGAGGAGGAGGACGCAGGAGAUAACGCAGUCAAUCCGCUGACGAACGAGCACAGUGCCCGCCGCCUCGGCCGAUGUAACCACACAGCUUAUGCUGGAGACAGAAAUUAGACGUUAGAAACUUCGUUAUUUAACUAAAAAAAAGCCACACAGGAAGGCGAGAAAAAAAAUGGGCCAUACCAUAAUCCCCGUCCUGGUGGCUGUAUUGUCCUAUUGCGUUUUGGAAAACGUCGAGGCUCUUGCCAUGGCCGAGGUAAACGGGCCGAGUCCCCUGCUGGCAGAGCCACAGAUCGCCAUGUUUUGCGGCCGACAGCUUCUGCACAUGAACAUACAAACCGGGCAGUGGGAGCCAGACCCUCAGGGCCGCCAGGGCUGCUUCAAAGAACCCAACGAAAUCCUGUCUUACUGUCAGGAGAUGUACCCUGCGCUUCCAAUCUCGCACAUAGAGGAGUCUAAAAGACCUGUCACCAUCCCUGCCUGGUGCAAGAAAGGAUUGGGCCACUGUCAGACGCACCCCUUCAUCGUCCUGCCCUACCGCUGUCUGGAAGGCGAGUAUGUGAGCGAGGCUCUUCUGGUGCCCGACAGAUGCCGUUUUCUCCACCAGGAGCAGAUGGACAUCUGUGAGAGUUACGUCUACUGGCACAACAUCGCCAAAGAGGAAUGCACCUCAGAGAAUCUGGAGCUCCACAGCUACGGGAUGCUGCUGCCCUGUGGUGACCACUUCCGAGGUGUCGAAUACGUCUGCUGCCCGGGCAGGAGCAGCUCGAGCGGAAAAGGAGAGACAGAGGAAAAGGAUGUCCCUCGGACGCGGGCAUCCCAGAGUGCUGGAAAACUCAACUCUGUCACCAAGGUGAUGGCCCCCACUCCGAGCCAUUCUCCGGACACAGACGUGGACGAGGCUGACAUGGAGGAGGACGACGAUGACGUGGUGGAGGAAGAUGAGGAGGAAGAUGAGGAGGAAGAGGAGGACGACAUUGAUGAGGACGAGGCAGAAGAAGAAGAGGCAACAGCUGUGAAGGACCGGGAAGAGUAUGACCCUUUUGAGAUAGGUCCUUAUCAGACAUCUGACUACUUGGAUUCUUUUUACUACGACAAAAGCCACAAACCCACCACCUCUGCACCUCUUGUCAAGGGAGACAGCCUUACCACUGCUCGCCCGACCGAUGGGGUUGAUGUUUACUUUGAGAAGCCUGUGGAUGACACGGAGCACGCCAACUUCCUGCGUGCCAAAACGGACCUGGAGGAUCGCAGGAUGAAGCGCAUCAAUGAGAUAAUGAAGGAAUGGGCAGAGGCUGACAACCAGUCCAAAAACCUGCCAAAGUCAGAGCGACAGGCCUUGAAUGAGCACUUCCAGUCUGUGCUGCAGACACUGGAGGAACAGGUCGCUGGAGAGAGGCAGAGAUUGGUGGAGACUCACCUCGCCAGAGUUGAGGCCAUUCUCAACAACAACCGUCGUCUAGCCUUGGAGAACUACCUGACGGCUGUGCAAUCUGAUCCCCCUCAGCCUGAGCGUGUACUGCAGGCUCUGAAGCGGUACAUGGCCGCAGAGCAGAAGGACCGCAGGCACACACUGAGACACUACCAGCAUAUUGUGGCCGUCGACCCACAGAAAGCUGAGCAGAUGAAAUUCCAGGUGUACACACAUCUCCAUGUUAUCGAGGAGAGGAUGAACCAGAGUCUUGCUCUGCUUUACAAGGAUCCAACAUUAGCUGAAGAACUACACAGUGACAUUCAAGAGCUGGUGAAGGCAGAGCGAGGGGACAUCAGCGAGCUUAUGACCACCUCCUUCUCUGAGACUCGCACCACUGAAGAGCUUGUACCAGCUGAGAGUGAGGAAGAGAAAGAUGAUGAAGAGGAGGAGGAGAGGGCCUUCCAGAACCGCCCCUAUCCUCCUCGCAUCGAUCUACAGUCUAAUAAGAAAGAGGAUGAGUUUGAUUAUACCACAUUUGAGAGAGGCCCUACUUAUGAAUAUGAGGAAAAGAUUAACACUUCUGCUGAGCUGAAACAGGUGGUCAAGCCCAAUGAGAUUGCAAGGGAUGAGCUGCAACCCGAUGCCCUUGAGACAUUUAACCGUGGCGCCAUGGUUGGGUUGCUGGUGGUGGCCGUGGCUAUUGCCAUGGUGAUGGUAAUCAGCCUGCUGUUGGUGCGCAGAAAGCCAUACGGCACUAUUAGCCAUGGCAUCGUGGAGCAGGUGGACCCUAUGUUGACACCGGAGGAAAAGCAGCUCAACAAAAUGCAAAAUCAUGGCUACGAGAACCCUACCUACAAGUUCUUUGAGCAGAUGAACUGAAGCACUGGAUGCUACCAGCAAGUCAUGCCUGACCACAUGUUUUGUCCCCCCUCCCCACCCGUCCUCUCACUCGUCCUUAAAGUGGUGUCCCAGCUGCACUUCCUGUGACAGAUUUAUGAUGUGUUGCAUAUUUAAAUUAACUGACAAAGUACUAGGGUGCUUUCCCAUCACCAGUUAAUCGCAUCAUAAUGUGAUUAACGAGAGAUUAUACAAUCCUAUAAAAUUUAUUGUAGUCAAAUGUUCCUUUUGGGUAGGCAGAGCUACAACAUUUCAUGAUCGUGGAGACCAUCCAUCUCAUCCCUGUGGCAUGACUUGACCUACUGCUCCUCACUAUAAAACUGAAUUUUGAAUGGUCCAUAAUGCUUUAUUAUUAUUAGUAUUUAUUUUUCAUUAGUAAUUUUUUCGUUGAGAUUGUACCACAGUUAGAUUUAUCUGUAUUGAUGAGUGUGAAUGGCAGCCUAGCUGAUAAUCAAGCUAAAGACCUCCACAAGUUACUAUGACAACUGUAGGCAAAGAUGUGGAGGUUUCGAAUGUAUCACACAAACAGGCUUGAAUUUAAAAACACAGAAAAACACAAAUUAGUAUGAAAACACUCUAUGUGGUGGCGGUACAAAAAAUAUUUAGACUUCUGAAUAAGAAUUGUUUGGCAAAAUAUACCCAAAAUUAAAUUUAGCUCAUUUACUUUUUCAUUGUUCGGCUUUCAAAACAAGCUGUACUGCAGAAUAAUCAGAAGUCUGUUCUUUUACUGAAAGCAUGACAAUUUUGGUGUAUGAUGCUGCAGUAUUUAUUUGUGUUGUUCCUGUCAUUGCUUUGAAGAGUCCAAAAUGUUCCAAAGGGACACUGUAAAUAACGUAAGAAGUACCUGCAACUAGAUGUAGACAUUUCUAUGAUUAAUUUGCAUCAGUGUAAUGGAAAAUACGUUUAAAAAAAAGAAAAAGAAAUAAUAAACACAUUGUGCUGUUAUGAGAAGGAGAAACAAUUUCCUAACAUGGCUGAUUGAAAACGGACUGUUGUAAAAACCAGCACAAGACAAUGACACAGCAACUACUUUCUGAAUGUAUUCGAGGUAGACGUUGAGAUUCCUCCCUCUUUUACUUUUAAUGCAUCACUCCCCAUGUAGUAAAGGUCAGUAGGAGUAGCACACUUCGACACAUUUAAGGGACUACUUACCCCCGUACCCUCGUCAUCACUUUGUGUAGCAGCCUGUUUAUUUCUACUUUUGAGCAGAGGGAUUAUUUAAAAUAAAUCCUGCACAGAGCGGUAAAGUGUAAAAAUGGGCACAGCUAUGGUAUUGGGUCACCAUAAAAAAGUUAUGUCUGGACAAAUGGCAUGCUAGUCAUGCUCUUUUUUUAGUAAAUCGAUUUGACCUAAUAAAACUUAUCAACACUGGAUUAUAGAAGUCUUUAGAAGCUUUAUUUAGGUCUCCUCGUAGAAAAGCUUUUGACUGAAUGACUCAUUGUAGUUCUUUAUAUUAAUGAUCAACUUGCAACCCUAUAUAGGCGAGUCAAAAAAGGGAUUGCCCCUUUUAAUUCUGUCUAACUGUUUACGGCUUAAUGUGUCAGUUUGAUUUCCUUUAGCCGCUAAAGUUGAUUAUUGGUCACCUUGAUUAGAAAAGGUCACACUGUGGAGUUUAACGGUCUUUAAUUAUGUGUGUUAGUAAAAAUAAUGCCAUAUUGGUUUAUGGCUGCUGGCAGUUUUACAUAAAGAUCCUUAAAGGGGGGGGGUCUUUUUCUUUUGUUGUGCUUUCUUGAAAAAAAUAAAUCAAGGUUUGCCAUAAUUUUGUUUGUCUCGUCAGGUGGGUUAAAAAGCGGGUUGUGGUCGUGUUAUGACAGGAUAGGAGACGUCGAAGCCCCGUGUAUAAAGUGUACAGCUCCGUUAGUGAAUGAAAACAUCGUAUGUUCACAGUUUAAGUCAGUCGAUCUUGUAAUGAUACUACUGAAACCAUAGAUGAGAAUAAGCUUGCCUGUGUUUCCCAAACCACCGAAGGUUUCCUACCAGCAUUUAGCAAAACUCAACAUGGUGUAUACUCUUGUUACUCAAGUCACAUUUGUACUGAGACAUACUGAUUCAGAUUCUAGACUUCUUCGUUGGUCCGUCCCCUUACUCCCAGAUAAAAAUAUAAACUAUGUUAUUGAGGUUUUAAUGGCUGCAUUAUUGCCUUUUACAAUGCUGUGUUUUGGUUGUAACUAUUCUGUAUUUUUUAUUUAUUAUGUAACAAUCGGUUGGAUCAAGGGUCAUGUAUUUCACGUGUAAAUUACAAGCAUGUACGAGACAAACAGAUAAUACUGAAGCAAUGUGAAUCCUAAUUGACCUACAGUGGCAUUAAGCACAACUAAAUUGUCUGUUUUUGUAAAGGCUGCAAGAUGUAAAACUGGUGAAACAAUGUAAAUCUGAAAGAGCUGUUCUUUACUUUCAUUAAAACCUUUGACCAAAGACAUGCUCCAUGACUUCUGGAAACAGAUUACUUUAUUUGGCAAAGUGUUCCUGUGUAACUGUACUGCAAACAAUCUGGCAAAUAAAAACUGGUUGAGUUCAUUAAAAGUGUAAUAAAGAUGAAUGACCCCUUAA